GUUGAGUUGCGCGAUGGAGACUGGCUGCUACUUGCUGGGGCGCGAGUUCGAGGACUCAGUGUUCGAAGAGAGGCCAGAGCGGCUGCGAAAUCCGCCCGCAUCCUACCGCGCCAAGCAUUGCGAGCCGCAGUGGUUUCUUGACGAAGUGGAGAGCUGUGACGAUGCUGAUACCCUGACUGUCAAGAAAUUUAGAGGGGACCUGGCUUACAGACAGCAGGACUACCAGAAAGCCCUGCAGGAGUAUUCAAGCAUUGCAGAAAAGUUGCCGUCCACCAAUUACGCCAUGAGGAGGGAUGUCCAGGAAGGCCAGGCCCGGUGUCUGAUGCAGCUGGGGCGGCAGGAAGAGGCGCUAGAGAUCGCCCUGGAGCUGGAAAAUAAGGCAACCAACACAGACCAUCUAACCACGGUGCUCUGCCUCCAGUUUGCUAUUUGGUCAAGUUUACAGAACGUGGAGAAAACAAUUCUGUGCCUGCAGAAAUUGAUUUCUUUGCAUCCUUUUAAUCCUUGGAACUGGAGCAAGUUGGCAGAGGCCUACCUGACUCUGAGGCCAGCUCUUUCAGCGUCGUGUGAGGCAUCUCAAAAACAGAGCAAGCUCUCCUUCAGUGACCAAACUACCAAAUCCUCCAGCCCUCACUCAGCAGAUGACUGCCCCUCAUGCUCACCUCCAGACUUGCCUACAGACUCUGUGCUUUCUGUGGAAGCCAGCUGUGGGAGCAGCCAGCAGCCAGCAGAGGCCCCAAAAAGCCCACCGGAUGGGGUGGCAGUUGAGAGGGAAGCCAUGUCUCUAAAGACUUGGCUGAAAGCAUGUGCGUCCUUUAUUCGAGCCAGGCUCUUGUUGCAGCUCACCCAAUGUCAGCAGACAUCCUUUGCCUUGGAGAGGAACUUAAGGACGCAGCAGGAAAUUGAGGAGAAAGUGAAAACUUUGGGUCUCCGAGAAGGCCCUUUGCUGUGGAUGGAGGAGGUUAUGGGAGAAGAUAUUGUCCCAGAGAAGCUUCGGGAUGAGGUUCAGACAGAGGUGAAGUGUGUUGGCUCCAUAGCCCUGGCUGCCAUGGUGAUUGCAUCGUCGAAAGAAUUUGAAGACAAGUGGUUCAGCAAGGUCAAAGACCGCUUCUGUCCCUUGGAAAAUGCAUUCUGUACAGAGAUACAAAUCUUGGCCUCUGAGGCCUUUGGAAAAUAAAAUUAUCUCUUGGCCUGUACUAUUUACCCUCUUUUACUUUAGAUAGGAUCUGCUGUCAUCACAGGAUAUGGUGAAUUAAAAAUGAUUGUUUUUUAAAAA